CGUACGACUUUCCAGUUGGCUGACACAAUCGUGCACGAGUUUUGCCACGCCUUCAAUGGAGCCUACCUUCCAGAUCGAGAUGACGGUUCUCCUGUUGAACCAUGGAUCCAAGGAAACAGAAGUAACGAGCUUGGUCACGCUCUGAUUGUUCACCUGCUUGGGGGCGAUCCUUCUGCAGUGCUCAGAUACAGUGAUUCGAGAACUGAAGAGCUUGAACAGGGUUGUUCUAUACCAUUUGGUUUCUGGUUCUCCAAGCAAUGGGAUCUUUGGAGAGAUAGAGCAGAUGUAGAGAAAACUACGACAGCCGACAAGGAUGAGGCUUUCAAUACUGCUCAGGUGUUUUAUCCUGUACCUCAGAAGUAUAUUCACAAUAUGAGUACCAAAGAGACUUGGAUGCAUCAGGUGCCUAGAUAUGGACUGAGAGCAUUGAGAUUACCAAGACUAGAAGAAUGGGCA